UUGGAGAGUCCCUCAUGGAGCCCAAGCCCGGCGCCUCGGAAGCUACCCCAGCUCCUGCCGCGCUCUUCGCCUGGGGUGCAAAUAGCUACGGGCAACUUGGCCUCGGCCAUAAGGAAGAUGUACUUUUGCCCCAACAACUUAAUGACUUCUGUAAACCUGUGUCUGUCAGGAGGAUCACGGGAGGAGGGGGCCACUCUGCUGUUGUCACAGAUGGAGGAAGUCUUUUUGUUUGUGGCCUGAACAAAGAUGGACAGUUGGGGCUUGGUCACACAGAGGACGUUCUGUAUUUUACACCCUGCAAGUCCCUCCUUGGCUGUCCCAUCCAACAGGUGGCCUGUGGCUGGGACUUCACCAUUAUUCUCACAGAAAAUGGUCAAGUUCUAUCCUGUGGAUCCAACUCCUUUGGCCAAUUAGGAGUCCCCCAUGGGCCUCGAAGAUGUGUGGUUCCCCAGGCCAUUGAGCUCCUGAGAGAGAAGGUUGUUAGUAUUGCUGCUGGACUGAGGCAUGCAUUAGCUGCUACAGCAAGUGGCAUCGUGUUCCAGUGGGGAACUGGACUGGCGUCUUCUGGACGGCGGUUGUGCCCUGGGCAGACUCUCCCACCGUUUUUGACAGCAAAGGAACCCAGCAGAGUGACAGGUCUAGAGAAUUCUAAAGCAAUCUGUGUUGUUGCUGGCUCCGAUCACUCCGCUUCAUUGACAGACGCCGGAGAGCUGUAUGUUUGGGGAAGCAACAAGCACGGGCAACUGGCUUCCCAGGCUGCGUUCUGUCCUACGCCCCAGAAAAUAGAAGCUCGUUGUUUUCAGAAUGAAAAGGUCACUGCUGUCUGGAGUGGGUGGACCCACCUGGUUGCUCAGACAGAAACUGCCAAGGUGUUUACUUGGGGCCGAGCGGACUACGGUCAACUAGGGAGGAAGCUGGAGUCUCCUGAAGUCUGGAAACCAGAAGAGCAGGGGUCACCGCUCCCCUGCUCGAGUCCGCAGAAGAGCACGCCUUUGUCUCUGCACUGCCUAACAGGAGCAACUGAGGUCUCUUGUGGCUCAGAACAUAAUCUGGCAGUGAUUGGUGGGGCCUGCUGCUGCUGGGGCUGGAACGAGCAUGGCAUGUGCGGGGAUGGCAGCGAAGCCAACGUCUGGGCCCCGAAGCCCGUGCAGGCUCUGCAGUCGUCAUCCGUGCGCCUCGUGGGCUGCGGGGCUGGCCACUCCCUGGCCCUCUGCCAGCGGCCGGCCCUCCCUUCUCCAGCUGCCAGCGAGGACGCCAAGUCUCAGGACGCCAAAUCUCAGGAAGCCGCCGAACAACGAAUACUGCCUACCCAAAGCCCAUGAUACAGGU